CACGAGAUGAACGCGGAAGUUCUUAAGCUGGGACACUCAGAUUUGUUUACAUGUGAUCUGGAAUUUCGCAAAGUUGAUGUUAGAGCUUAGUGGAGCUCGUCGGCAUGUUUCACCGCAACAAGAUUCUCGCGCGGCGGGGAGCCUCCAAUAAUACGCCGUACCCUCCACCACGAGCCCCCUGGUAUUCUGACUACCAACACGGAGAACCUGAAGCUGCUAACAGCGUUCUGCAGUUGCCUCCUUAUGUGUGGCAGCCUUCGCCGCCCACCUUUGUAGCUCUUCCUCCGGCCCCAGCUGGUGUAAUCCACGGGCGCAAGAGGCACCAUGAGUACGGUGCUCAUGCUGUGAAACGCCAACGCCUCAACCCGUCGCCGGCCUCCUCUCCAAGAUGGAUUCCUCAUAAUAACCUGAGAGUGGGAGAGCCCUCAAUGUUCGCCCCGGUGGGGUUUGAACACUUACAUUCCAGUCCGUCGAUCACGGAGGUGCUCACCGAACCACAAAACCUAACGAGCCUUCAGGUCUUCGUCAAGGACAAGCUGAGUGGUCAGAUGGUGGAGCUGUUUGAGGCCUGCCAGCAACAAACUUCAGAUCUGGACAGGAAGGAGGCGUGUCGAGCUCGGCUACAAGGAGACAUCCGGAAACAAUUUCCAGGGUCGCGGCUGUACCUGACCGGAUCUUCUAUGAGUGGACUGGGUUGCCGGAGCAGCGAUGCCGACCUCUGUCUUGUGAUUACAGGAAAUAGAUGCCCCCAUCCAAUGGAUGUCCUUCGUCAACUCCAAAAGGAUUUCAGAUCACUCUCAUAUUUGGCGAGGAUUCAGCUGAUUAAAGCUAAAGUUCCCAUCCUCAAGUUCAAAGAGAGAAGCAGUUUUCUGGAGUUCGACCUGAAUGUCAACAACACGGUGGGCAUCAGAAACACAUUCCUGCUGAGAACCUACGCUUAUGCCGAUGUCAGGGUUAGGCCCCUGGUCCUGGUGGUGAAGAAGUGGGCGCGGCAUUACCACAUCAACGACGCCAGCAAAGGAACGCUGAGCAGCUACACACUGGUGUUGAUGGUGCUUCACUAUCUCCAGACUCUUGAACCACCUGUCCUUCCAUCUUUUCAAAAGACUCAGCCUGAGUGUUUUGAUCCAUUCAUGGACAUAGACGAGGUUCCAGAUGGACCCAAACACAUCCGGGUCUUCACCUCAACGAACCAGUCGUCUCUGGGCGAGCUGCUGCUGGGCUUCCUCAGAUACUACGCCACACGGUUCAGUUGGGACAAGCAGGUGAUCUCUGUGCGCCAGGCCACAACUUUGCCCAAGAGCAAUUCUAAAGAGUGGAGAAACAAAUUCAUAUGUGUGGAAGAGCCUUUUGAGGGGAGUAAUGUUGCCAGAGCCGUCCAUGAGAAGAUUAAGUUUGAUGCCAUUAAAAAGUGCUUUUUUGAGUCGUACCGGAUACUGAACGAGAGGAAGGACCUGGUCUCCAUCCUGGCGUUGAGAGCCAUCAUCAAUGAGGAGUUGGCGACAAGAUGAGCUGACUGGCCUUUCGAUGAAAAACAUCGGAGUUGUACAGAGGAAAGUUUCAGCGGCUCAGACUCAGAGGAGAGGAGGACUGAAUGCGGUUGAAUGUUUUUGCCGCCACCUUUGUGCAAUUUCUGAUGGUACUGUUAUCACUGCAAAAAGAAAAUAGACAUUGAGUGAAGGUAAACCAGAACACAUCCAGUGGCUGAAAAUGGAGAAUCAGAGCAAGAUACAAUUUUUUUACAUACAUAUAGCUGCUACUUUUUUGCUUUCCUGGAUGCAAAUGAUAUUUUCUCUCAUUUAAGAAGGACUUAAGUGGAAGUGGCAGUAUUUAGGUUUAACAUUGUCUUCUCUUCUGAGCUUAUCCUCUUUUUGCAGCUGUUCUCAACAUCAUCCUUCUGAAGACAAUUAAUUUGAAUCUGCGUUAUGCUGACGAUUUCUAUAACUUAAUGAUGUCGAAGCCUUUUUUUUUCUAUUUUUAUAAGUCAACGUUGACAUCAUGUUUUUUCUUUUCUCCUGCUGCAUGAAGCUCUUCUCUGAUGUUUGAGAUAAAGCGACCACAAAGAGCUCAUGAUUGAAACUGUUCUCCUGGAUUUUACAGUCGUUAAGAUCGUCCCUCCUCGUGUCUUCUCUUCCAGCUGUCGUCACGGGUUUGAGUCUCAGAUACUUUCUAGAUUUAUUUGGGAAAACACACCAGUUUACAUUUUAAAGAAUUUGAAAAUAUUUGUAUUUUUUGCUGUUUGCUUUUCUUCUUGCUUUUGAUUUCCAUUUUUCUGGAAGUCAAAAGCAAAAGCACAUGUGUGCGUGGUAGAGUUUUAUUGUUUAUUAAAAAAAAACAAAAAAAAAAAAACAAAGAAUCUCCCAGGACAUAUAAAUAUUUUUUUGGUAUCAACUAAAGCUAUGCUAGUAGAAGUGCCAAAAACAAUUUGAUACAUUUGUGUAUUUCACCAACUACAUGGAUGAUGAUGCAAAGUUGCUCAGUCUGGUUUCCACAAAAUGGGAUGACUAUAUAUAAAGACAAAAUAAACAAAUAUAUUAUUACAGGGAUAAGACAAAGUGUUUUUA